ACCUUUUCACCACAGGGGGCAGGCGAGGAGGGGAGGUUUAAACAGCUGGCAGCGCAAACGCUCUAAAAACCGCAUCAGGCACGACCCCCCCAACUAGACACCCAAGGGGUGUCAGGUGGCACAAAAGAACAAAAAAGGGGGCGAAGAGAGGGAGCCGAGAUUUGCGGGUAUCAUCAUGGCGCUCAUCCCGUCGCAGGUCCUCCGCGUGGCCAUCCUGCUCUCCUACUUCUCCAUCCUAUGCCACUACAAGGCUCUGGACAUGCCGGCGCACCAGACCUACGGGGGCAGCUGGAAGUUCCUUACCUUCAUCGACCUGGUGAUCCAGGCGGUGUUCUUCGCCCUGUGCGUUUUGAUCGACGUCUCCGGUCUGCUGACCAAAGCCGGCGAAAACCGCGAGCAGGAGCGCCAGCUCAGGAAGCUGAUUGGCCUGAGGGACUGGAUAAUGGCCGUCCUGGCCUUCCCUGUCGGAGCGUUUGUGGUGUUCACCUUCUGGAGUCUGUACCUUUACGACCGAGAGCUGGUCUACCCCAAACUGCUGGACAACUUCAUCCCUCAGUGGCUCAACCACGGCAUGCACACUACCGUGCUGCCGUUCAUCAUCAUCGAGAUGCGCACCACCCGCCAUCGCUACCCCAGCAGGUCGUGCGGCCUGGUGGCCGUCUGCUGCUUCGGCGUGGGCUACAUCCUCUGGACUUGCUGGGUACAGCAGAUGACGGGCAUGUGGGUGUACCCUAUCCUGGAGCGCAUCACGCCGCUCGCCCGCCUCGUCUUCUUCACCGUGCUCACUGCCGUCAUUUGCAUCUUCUACCUGCUUGGAGAAAUACUUAACAGCUACAUCUGGUAUCAACCGCACCCAGCGAAGGUCAAAUGUGAAUGAUCUUGAGUUGUGAGAGCCAGUGGAGUCACACCUGUAGGGGUCACGUCAAGCUCCGCCCACCCAGACAGCAGGAUUGCAGAGCUGUGACCUUUGAACUCCAUCAACACCAACAAGCCUGAAAAUGGGAAACUGGACGCCCACCAUUUAAUGUGGGAGCCGCUGGAUAAAAGAUGAGCGGAACCCAGUCAGAAAUCGAAUGAGAUUCAAACCCAGAACCUUUCGACUGCAAGCCAUCCACUCUACCCACUACCGGAGUGUGUCUCCAACUGACUCUUAUGAAAAGUCCUGAUGAGGCCUUUCCAAAACUCUUGUGACAUUUUCACUAUGUGCAGUGCAAAGCCUUGAGAAGACAUUGACCUGUAGAGGGCGCUACUGAGUAUCCAGCACAUUGACCCAGCUGCAUAAUAGAGGUUACUUAUUGGAUUAGGUUAUAUGACGCCUUUCUUCUUGUGGGGAUGUUUUGGCAAGAUGGUACACAUCCAAACAGGUCAAGUUACAAGUUUGUUUGUUUUUUGCUUGGUGAAGAUAAAAAAAAAAAAAUCUUAUAGGAUGCUGAAUCUACACAUAACCUCUAUUUAUUGGACCAGGUUCUGACUAAACUACUGUACUUAACUUGAACAAUAAAUCCAUAAAGUUGUUCAGA